GCUAGAAGAAUUGGUAACCAGUUUAUAUAAACAAAGCCAUGGCUAUGAACUACAAAGUAGGUGUGGAAGAACAGAAACCAAAACACAAGAUGAUGAGUAUUUCAAGUGUGUUAGUUUUCCCAUCUCCAUUUCAAGGACAUGUGAAUCCCAUGGCAGCCCUAUCAGAAAAGUUGGUGGAGAAUGGAUUCAAAGUGAUAUUUGUGAACACAGAGUUCAACCACAAGAGAGUGGUGGGUUCCAUGGUGGAUCAAUACGAUGAAGAAUCACCAUUGAAGUUGGUCUCAAUCCCAGAUGGCUUAGAACCCAAUGAUGACAGAAGCAACGUUGGCAAGUUAUGUGAUUCUAUGCUAAGCACCAUGCCUCAAGCACUUAAAAAGCUCAUACAGGAUAAUGAUAAUAAUAAUAAUAAUGAUAGCAGAAUCAGGUUCAUUGUUGUAGAUUUACAUGUGGGAUGGGCAUUGAAUGUUGCAUGUGAAUCGGGAAUCAAAGGAGCUCUUUUUUGGCCUGCCUCUGCAACUGCGUUUCAUUUGUUGUACAGUGUUCCAAGGCUUCUUCAUGAUGGGAUCAUAGAUCCAGAUGGGUCCAUAUUAACGUCGAAAAAGACAAUUCAAUUAUCACCAAGUAUGCCAGAGAUGGAACCAAGAACCUUUUUCUGGUUGCACAUGGCUGGAAUUAUAGAUAGUUCUCAUUACCUUAAUUACUUGGUGCAUCACUGUACUCCAGCUUUAAAUUUGACAGAAUGGUGGUUUUGUGACACUGCUCAUGAACUUGAACCAGAGGUAUUAACACUUCUUCCAAAGCUCAUUCCAAUUGGUCCAUUGCUGAGAAUUGAUCAUCGUUCCAAAACUAAUAAUGCACCUCCAAGAUCAUUGGGACAAUUCUGGGAAGAAGAUCUCUCUUGCAUGAGUUGGCUAGAUGAGCAAGCUCAUGGUUCUGUGGUGUAUGUUGCAUUUGGAAGUUUCACUCUUUUUGACUCAAACCAAUUCAAUGAACUUGCCCUAGGACUUGACCUCAGCAACAGACCUUUUCUUUGGGUUAUAAGAGAAGACAAUAAAAUGGAAUACCCUACAGAAUUCAAAGGGCACAAAGGUAAGAUAGUGAGUUGGGCUCCUCAACAAAAGGUUUUAAGCCACCCUGCCAUUGCAUGUUUUGUGACUCAUUGUGGUUGGAACUCUACCAUGGAAGGUUUGUCCAAUGGGGUACCUUUAUUGUGCUGGCCAUACUAUGGAGACCAACUUUACAACGAAAGACAUAUUUGUGAUGAGUUGAAGGUAGGGUUGGGGUUUGACAAAGAUCACAAUGGACUCGUUUCACGAAAGGAGUUGAAAACUAAAGUGGAACAAAUUUUCAAUGAUGAGAAGAUAAAAUCUAGGUCUGUGGCGUUGAAGGGGAAAGUCAUGAAAAACGUAGCAAAAGGAGGAACAUCUUAUGAGAAUCUUGAGAAGUUUGUGAAAGAGAUAAAACAAUAAGAGUUAUUGUUUUGUGCAUAAGUUAAUUCUAGGUUUGGAAUAGUUUUUUUCGUUUACCAUCAUGGUUUAUGCAUAUUAUCCUCAGUGAUUCAUGCAUCUUGAACUCAAGUGUAGCUUUCUUUUACAAAUUAAUUAGUUUGAUUGAUCUCAAUUUUGUUCUGGA